AUGACUCUCCUGCUCGUGCUGGCACUGCUCGCUGUGCGAGCCGCCCUGGUGGCCAGCCGAGCCUUCGACGCUCUCGAGACAGACACACUCGCGACGCUGGCGGCGCGAGCUCCUGCCCAUUCUGCCCAUUCCCCCCGGGGUCUGGUCAAGCGCGGCGGAUGGUUCAACUACGACGAGUGGAAGGUCCGCGGGGUGAAUCUCGGUGGUUGGCUGGUUCUCGAGCCGUGGAUCACACCCUCGCUCUUUGAUGGAAAGCCGGACUGGGUCGUGGACGAAUGGACCUAUGCCGAGUUCACGAAGGACAACCGGUCCGAACUGGAGCGGCACUGGGAUACCUGGAUCACGGAGCAGGAUCUGCGUGCGAUCGCUGGCGCUGGCCUCAACACGGUCCGGAUCCCCGUUGGAUACUGGUCCCUCAUUCCGCUCGAGGAUGAACCCUUCCACACCGGCGCGUACCCCUAUCUGCAGAAGGCCGUGCAGUGGGCGCGCUCCUCUGGUCUGAACGUCAUUCUGGACCUGCACGGCGCUCCCGGCUCGCAGAACGGCUUCGACAACAGUGGACGUCGCGACCAGCGCUCCUGGUUCCAGAACCAGCACACCGCCGACCGCGCAGUGGACGCCGUGCUCAAUCUGGUGCGCGAAUUCACGAAGCCAGAGUACGGCGGCGCCGUCUCCGCGAUCCAGCUCCUGAACGAGCCCUUCCCGCACGAGGACUGGGAGCUCUCAUUCGUCAAGGACUUCUACACGCGUGCGUACCGCGCUGUCCGCGAGAUCGACGGCGACAUUCUCGUCAUUCUGCACGAGGCCUUCCGCCAGCUCGACACUUGGCGGGACGCGAUCCCCGAGGCGCAGCGCGUGGCACUCGACACGCACAUCUACGCCAUGUUCACCCCCUCGAUCCUCUCCUACGGCUACGUCGACAAUCUGCGCUGGUCGUGCGGUUUCGCCGACACGCUCCCCGCGUCGCCGUACUGGACGAUCGUGGGCGAGUUCUCGCUCGCGAACACGGACUGUGCGCCGGCCCUGAAUGGCCGCGGCCGCGGCGCAAGGUGGGACAACACGCUCAGCGGGGCGGAGAAGAUGAAGUUUCCCGGAAACUGCGCGGAACGCACCGGUCCCGAUCCCGAGAAGUGGAGCGACAGCUACAAGCAGCAGCUGAGCAAGAGCUGGCAGACCCAGACUUGGGUCUACGAACGCGCAAAGGGGUGGGUGUACUGGACCUGGCGCACCGAGGCGGCUGCCGACUGGAGCCUCCUCACCGGCCUCAGCCACCGCUUCAUCCCCACCCCCAUCACCGCGCUGCCUGAUGGCCAGCCUUGCAACUUCUCUAGCUUCAUUCAUAACUCGAGGUACGCUAGGGACGAGGCCGCUGCUGCUCGGAUCAAGCCCUCGCUCCUCGACGUCGUGGCCCUCGCCGCUCUCGCCCUCUUAGAGCUCUAG